CCAGCUGACUGAGUUCCUGGAAAGUUCCUAGCACCUGCAAGCAGUCAAAGCAGUGAGCUAUGUCGGAGAUCCUGUGCCAGUGGCUCAACCAGGAGUUGAGGGUGUCCCGGACCGUGAGUCCCAAGUCAUUUGCAAAGGCAUUUUCUAAUGGCUAUCUAAUUGGAGAAGUUCUGUUCAAGUUUGAACUUCAGAGUGAUUUUGCAGAAUUUUCAGAGAGCAGGGGGUCAACUGCCAAACUUAAUAAUUUCUCCCGAUUGCAACCAACGCUUCACCUGCUGGGUGUGCAGUUUGAUCAGAAUGUGGCUCAAAGCAUCAUCACAGAAAAGCCCGGGGCAGCAACCAAACUUCUUUAUCAGUUGUACAUUGCUCUUCAGAAAAAGAAGAAAACAGGGCUGACUGGACUAGAGAUACAAACCAUGCAACCCCAAACAAACUUGAGGCUUCAGGCCCUCAAAAGCGAGGCUUUUCGAGAGAGACUUAAAAACCUGAUACCACGCCAAACCGAUUUCAAUCUGAUGCGGGUUACAUGCAGGUUUCAAGAAAAGUGUAAACAAAUGAAAGAAGAUCUUGCCCGAAUGCAUUUUGAGAAGUUUGAAAAAAUUCAAAAACUUGAGGAAGAGCAAAGACACUUUAAUAUCGAGAAGCAACGCUUAAACAGGAGACGACAAAACGAGAUAAUGGCCAAAAUCCAGGCAGCCAUUAUACAGAUCCCCAAGCCUGAAUCCAACCGAACUUUGAAAGCUAUUGAGGCUCAAAAACUGAUAAAAAAGAAAAAGGAGGCAGAGGACGUGGCCAAUGAGAUUAAGAAAUUUGAAGCGCUAAUAAAAAAGGAUCUCCAAGCUAAAGAAAGUGUAUCCAAGACUUCUUUAGAAACAACAGACCAGACAACUGCAGAACUGCUCAACACUUAUUCAGAUGAUGACUACAUUAAAAAGAUCCAGAAACGCCUAGAAGAAGAUGCUUUUGCACGUGAGCAAAGGGAAAAAAGACGACGGAGAUUGUUGAUGGACCAGUUAAUAGCUCAUGAAGCACAGGAGGAGGCCUAUCGGGAAGAACAGCUCAUCCACAGGCUCAUGCGCCAGUCCCAGCAGGAGCGCAGGAUCGCUGUGCAGCUCAUGCAUGUUCGCCACGAGAAGGAAGUUUUGUGGCAAAAUAGAAUUUUCAGAGAAAAACAAUUUGAAGAAAGACGACUCAAGGAUUUCCAGGAUGCUCUUGAUAGAGAAGCGGCUCUUGCCAAACAAGCCAAGAUUGAUUUUGCAGAACAAACCCUGAGGGAGAAAGAAAUUCAUGAAAAAAUCUCUGUGGAAAGAGCACAAGAGCGUUAUGAGAAGCAUUAUGGGAUAUGCUCAGAGAUUUUGGAUCAAAUACUUGAUUUGUGCACGAAGGUGGCAGACUAUAGGUUGCUGACAAAUAAUCUUAUUCCACAUAAGAUGAUGCAUGAUUGGAAAGAACUGUUUUUUAGUGGAAAUCCCAUAUAUGAACAAACUUCUCUUACACAUGGACAAACAGAAUCCACUGAUGAACGUGCAGAAUUGAAGAAAAGGAACUUACUCGAUAACAAUGAUUAUGAAGAAUAUAAGAACAUGGUUGGAGAGUGGGCCUUACCAGAGGACAUGGUUAAUAGUUCACCACCCUCCAACAAUAACAUAUUGGGUCAUGUGCUUCUGAGAUUAAUUGAAAAAUCUGUUCCGUCUGAGGAUAAUUCUGCAGACACUGAAUUACCUUCAUUUGCUGUGAAGGGUUGUAUACUGGGGAAGACACUCAGUGGAAAAACUACUGUUCUAAAGUCUCUACAAAAUGAAUUCCCUAUUCGUGUGCUUUCUAUUGAUACUCUUGUCCACGAGGCUAUCCAGGCAUUUACCAAUGGAGAAAAAGACAGUAAGACAUCACCAACUCGGGAAUAUGUUAAAGGAGAUUCUAUAGGGGAAACGAGCAAAUACCAGGCAAGUGUGACUUCAGAUACAACUAUGGUACCAGUUAGUUCAGUUCCGGGGGAAGCAACAACCCCAAAAGAAGGUGUCAAGAUGAAUGAAUCUGAACAAUCCAGACCAAGUGAUAGCAUUUUAUCACUAAGCGUGCGAGCUCAACUUGGUGCAAAAUCAGAACUGAUGCUUAGAAGAGGAAAAAGCAUUCCAGACGUACUGCUGGUUAACAUCCUGGUAAAUGCUAUUAAGGAGAUACCUGUGGACCAAAGCUGGGUUCUUGAUGGAUUUCCAAUAACAUUAAAUCAAGCCAAGCUCCUGGAGGAAGCACUUACAGGAUACAAAAGAAAAUCCCUACAGUUGUUGAAGAAGAAAGCACAAAUGCCCACAUUGGCCUUGGGCCCCACAACUUCCCAAGAGGUCUCUGUUCUCCCAUCUGCAUUUGAUUUUGUCAUAUUACUAGAUAUUUCAGAUAACUCAUCGCUGGCUCGAAUUAACGAUAUCACAGCUAAGGAAAUCUCACAUGAAAUUUCUCAUGAAAAUGUUGGCCGUUCUGGAACAAGCCAAGAUAAGAGUGAGAACCGGAACCUAAGAGACCACAUACAGCACAGGAUUGUUGGCUUCUUGGACAACUGGCCAUUGCUGGAAGAGUGGUUUACAGAGCCAAAAAACAUUUUGACAAAAAUCAAUGCUGAAAUAGAUGAAGGGCUCUUAUGCCAAAAAGUAAAAGAAUUUUUUGCUACUGAAGCAGUAAAUAAAAAGAUCAAAGUUGAAAAGAAACUAGAAGAAAAGGAAACUGAGAAAAAAGCAGCAGCUUCCCUUGCUGAGUCUCAUACUAUGACCCCUCCCCUUUCUACUGAAGCAGAAAAAGACAAGGAGCUUCACCUGGCAAAAACUUCUGGGAAAGGAAAGACACAAUCAGGUAAAUUUUGUUUAAAAACCCAACAUGUUAAGCAAGAAUCUCAACCUGAAGGAAAAAGAAAGAAAGUUUCUCCUAAAGGAAAAGCACAAGGAGGCAAAAUUUCAGUAAAGAAAUCACCUGUUGGCUCACCAGACGUGUCACCCAUGCCAACAGCACCGCAGCCAGUUAAGCCAGGAUCAGAAGAAUGGGUCUACGUGAAUGAGCCCAUACCUGAGGAACUACCUUCAUUUUUAGUACCUUACUGGGAACUGAUAGAGAAAUCCUACAUAAACCACAUCAAAACAGUGCUUCGACAUCUCAGAGAAAGCCAACACAACGUGCUUUCUUAUUUAUAUGAGACUAGGACAAGUUUCCAGGAGUUUUUAAGGCGUCCAGAUCACAAGCAAGAUUUUGUAUCUCAGUGGCAGGCUGAUUUCAACUCUGUUCCUGAAGACCUGUGGGAAGAUGAGGAAACAAAGGCUGAGCUACACCAAAGAGUAAAUGAUCUGCGAGACCGCCUGUGGGACAUCUGCGAAGCAAGGAAGGAAGAGGCAGAGCAGGAGAGGCUUGAUAUCAUUAAUGAGAGCUGGCUACAGGACUCUAUCGGAAUAACAAUGAAUCACUUCUUUUCCCUGAUGCAGGCAGAAGUGAACCGUUUCCAAGAUACCAAAAGACUCCUUCAAGAUUAUUACAGAGCAAUGGAAUCCAAAAUCCCACUGGAAGACAGUAAGAAAUUUACUCGAGUCCCAUUGGUUCAGCUCGAUGGUAAAGAAAUUUCAGAAAACCAGCUCAGAAUCCCUCUAGUUCCUCGAAUAUCCAAUUCUCCAGAAAAUAUUACCAUCAAACCAAAGUCAGCGACAUUACUAAAAGGCAGAUCGGAUCCCCCAUUAGAAGUUCUAGAAGCCAACUUUGAAGUAGAUGAGAAGAUAUUAUUGGACACCUGGCAACAGGCUUCUUUAGCCAUUUCCCACAUGGUGGCUGCUGAAGUUCACCAAAGGCUCACGGAGGAAGAAAAAGAGCCACCCCAAUUAGAUUCCAAAGAAAAGUCUCCUCAAUCCGGUGCAAAUAAAAAAGCCAAGAAGGAGAAAGAACCACCCAAGAAGAAAAAGACAGAAAAGAAAGGAAAAGGUAAAUCAUCCCCCGUGGCAGAAGUCAGUCCGGUCACAAUCACUCCUGAAGAAAUGGCUGAAAUGGAAAAGAGGAAUGAACUGAAGCUCAGGAUAAAGGAGGAACAUCUUGCUGCUCUGCAGACAGAAGAACAAGCCACACAAUUUCGACUUGAACUAAUAAAGUCAAAAGCUAUGUCUGUCCUGGAAGAUUUAGUAACAAAGGUGAUUGAUGUCUACAGGUUCAUGGAUAAAUGGCUUGGUAAGAGAUAUUUGAAUGAAAUGGCCAGUAUACAGAAAUUGACUGAAGUAGCUCGCUACCACAUUGAAACAGCUACAAAAAUUCAAAAUGAGAUUUACUUAAGCCAAGAAGACUUCUACAUCAAUGGAGACAUAAAAGUCUUCCCAGACCCUCCCGCACCAACCCGCCCACCACCCAUAGAAAAGGAAGAAAAUGGGACCUUAACAAUCGAACAGCUUGAUAAUCUUCGAGAUCAGUUCUUAGAUAUGGCACCUAAAGGCAUAAUAGGAAAUAAAGCAUUCACUGACAUUCUGCUUGAUUUGGUUACCCUGAACCUUGGAACAAAUAACUUUCCUAGCAGCUGGAUGCACCUCACCCAACCGGAUUUGCAGGAAAUAACAUCUAUAUUAACAGUCAACACAGAGUUCGUGGACUGGAGGAAGUUCUUGAUGGUCGCAGCUAUGCCGUGGCCCAUCCCCCUGGAGGAGGAGCUCCUGGAGACCCUGCAGAAGUUUAAGGCCCUGGAUGAAGCACAGACAGGCACCAUCACCUUCGAACAGUAUAAGCAGGCUGGUCUAUGGUUUUCAGGAGAUGAAGAUAUAAAAAUUCCAGAAAAUCCCCUUGAGCCCUUGCCAUUCAAUAGACAGGAGCAUCUUAUAGAGUUCUUCUUUAGGCUGUUUGCUGACUGUGAGAAAGAUCCACCUCAGCUUGACUACACUCAGAUGUUACUGUAUUUUGCGUGCCACCCGGACACUUUGGAAGGAGUCUACAGGGCCCUCAGUGUGGCUGUGGGGACCCACAUCUUCCGGCAGAUUGAAACUCCGAUGCUAACUGCAGAAAAGACCUCCACCUGCUCUGUGAGUCCCAUUGAGGAAUUUACUGAGGUUGAGGAAAGUAGUACAAAAGACGAGAGGGAACUGAAGGAGGAGAAAGAUGAGAGGGACCAAAAGGAAGAAGAAAUCCCUGAAAAUGCAAACACCGAAAAGAUUUCCAUGGAAACACUGCUCAAAGUGUUUGGAGGAGGAAAUGAAGUACUGGAUGCGAACAGAUUUGCCAGCUACUUAAAGUCAGAGAAUAUUUAUGCAGAGAACCUCAUCAAGACUUUUCAGGACCUGGGUGCCAAGAACCUGGAGCCAAUUGAAGUUAACAUUCUCUUGAAGCAUCCUUACAUUCAGGACCUGAUAGCAAAUUAUGUGGACUAUAAAUUUCCUGACAUUAAAAUGAUUCUUCAAAGGAGUGAGCAUGCACAAGGCAGUGAUGGAGAAAGGUCACCCUCAAGACUUACAGAUGAAAAGAAGUGAAGGCUAUUUUUUUAUUUUGUUGAA